CCUGGGGCAACAGCAACAACAAGCGUGCUCCUGCUUGGCUCGGGUGGGGGUGGGACCAUGGCCGGUCGCACUCUAGCUCUGCGCUAUGGGCCCCCAUGGGCCCCCGUCACUGGAACUGAAAUGCCUGGAUCCUGGCCCAACUGGCAUCUCACCAGCAGCGGCGUUGCCCACCACAUUAUCCCAACUGUGUCCUUUCUCGCGCCCGCCCGGCAGCUGAAGUCCGGCGCCUUCUGCCCAGUUCACGGUCGCAGAGCCCCUACCCCCGGCCGGACAGAACGAUCCGCACAUCUGGGCUUUCGACGAGGUCAUCAGCAGAUGGGAGACGACCUCCGGCUCGGCUUACGUGCCCAAGAACCACGGCGGGCCUUACGCGCAGCUGCGGGCCACAGAGUUUGCGGAUCCCAAGCGGACUCUGGGAAUCAAGGAUUUAGGAGAAAAGCUCAGACACCGCAGCUGGCGCCUCCCUGUGAGCACGAAGUACCAGAGAAGCGAGACGAAGGCGCAGUACACCUGCUGGCCCGACCCGGACCCGGGCCCCACCGUCUACGUCGGGCCCCAGCCCCUGGAGCUGGCGGACCACCACCGUGGGGGUCCUUCCCAGGCUCUAAUUCCUUGGACGAAGAACGCAGAGCUGGCAGGUCGGCCGUUCACAAUAUCCGAUCGGGGUGUCCUGGACCGCCACCAGCUCUAUCUGACCACAUCGGCCCGGGAUUUCUACCCGAAGAACCAGCUGUCCGGAUAUCCAUGCAAGGACUCGUCGACUUCUUCGAGCUUCAAGGAGACGCCCCACGUCUGGGAUCACGGCUCGCGGGUCCCGCCGUGUCCGUCGCGGAUCCGCGUGCCCCGCGCGCGCCCCGUGAGGCAGCCCGUGCCGCACCGCGGGGUCCUCUCUCUGGCUCGGGAGUCCUACAGCCUCCCGCUGCAUCCACUGCGCGGACUCGACCGCUUCUGCCCGCUGGAAGCACCCUGGGGCGGCCCCCACUGGAAGCCGCUGCCGGGCAUCUACAGCGUGCCAAAAGCCUACAGCACCGAAAACUCCUGCUACGGCAGCUCCAAGCCCGCGCGGGUUUGAGCCCGCCGGGCAAGCCCCGCCCCGGACGCGCCCCUUGUGGGCGGAGCCAAGCCUGGAGGACGGCGACUGGGCGGAGCUGAGGUCAGGAGCCCCGCCCAUCACGUGAGAGCGAAACCGCUUGGGCCACACCCACUGACUCUAUUGGCCCGUGGGCGUGGCUAAACAUAGACGUGCCCACUCGGUUGCUUCAGGUUUUGGGGAGAUUAGGCCCAGAAAAUGCACGUCGAGGCUGUGGACACGCCCCCUGCGGGAGAGGGGGCAGGGCUUGCCUUAAUCAAUGAGUUAAAUAGCUUAAAUCACA